AAAUGACUACAUCCAUUGAGCAGCAAUUGUUACCAACUGCCUGCUCUGUAGACAUGACUUCUGCGAUUGGCUCAUAUCUCCCUCCACCACUGCCUGCAUUCUCUACUUCAACCAUGUCUGAUCUCUGCGAUCCUCAUGCUGUUCAGUACUCGAAUGCAAUGUACAAUCGCAGACCUUCUUUGGCACUUGCUACAGACUUGUCUUCUCCACCACUGCUGUCUGACUCUGCUUUCCAUGCCAAUGGCAUCGACAAUCCUGUGGACGCGCAGCAUCACCAAGCUCUGUUUAACUUUGCCCAGACUGCUGCUGCCAGCAUUCAAACUCUUCCUCUGGAUUCAUCUCAGCUUGCCUUUGCUUCUCAUAUGGCUGCAAACUCCACAACUCCUACUUCCACAACUGCAUUAGGUCGCACAGUCUCUGAAUCAUUGAGACCCAUGCUUCCUGUCACUUCUCAACGAAGACAGUCCAUGUCUCAUUCUACUUCGCCUGCACUCGACCAUCUGCAACAGGACUCGUUUACUUCCAACUCUAAUGCUCGUCCAACCAUUCCUUACUCCUCCAUAAUCACCCAUGCUAUCGAAGGAAGUGCAAGUCGUCAACUCACUCUCAAUGGCAUUUAUAACUUUGCAAUGGAACAGUAUCCUUACUUUAAAACCGCUGGUUCGGGCUGGAAGAACUCUAUUCGACACAACCUCUCUUUAAACAAAAACUUUGUACGAGUUGCUCGUCCUGCAAAUGAACGAGGAAAAGGUGCCUACUGGACUCUUUCUUCCACUUCGUUCCCAAAAAAAGGUAGAAGUCGUCAUAGAUCGGUUAGUGAUCCAAAUCGCGGCAUUGCCCAGGGGAUUAUAUCUUCAAUGAAAAAUGGCGACGGAACUUCGCCGCUAGAGUCUGGUCACGGAACUCCAGUCUCUCAGUUUGAAGCCAUUUCUAACCAGCAAUCCAUGUUAUCUCAGCAGUCUCAGUCGGGUCAAUUGCAAUCUCAACAGCUUGGAUACCAUUUGAUUCCUACCGAAUUAUUUCCUCGGGGUUCACCAGAUUUUACUGCUGGCAUGAAUUCAUUUGAUAAGCAUCAAACUAUGAUGGACCCGCUCCGAUCUUUUCAGGACAAUCUAAACUCCACUUCAAUUUCUGGAUCCACUAGCAUCCACACUUUAGAUAACAUCGGUGCCAUACACACAUCCAUUGGUCAACUUGCCAACACAGCAGCCGUUAAUGGUGAACCCAUCGGGCAGGGUCGCCACCCUUCUUUGCUGCGUCGUCACACGUAUCAGAAUGGGCGGACAUUACCUCCUGAAAUCGUUGGAUUACGGCGCACUUUGGACGGAAAUAUACAGUUUGGUUCAUCUGGAUUAUUUGAGUCAGAAUAUGACAACACUGUUGCAAAUGGCGCUAUGAAUCAGGGAAUGACUACACCUGUUGCAGGAACCACUGCCACCAUGGAAACAGCCACAUCUCCUACCGCAUUGGCCAAUGCCGCUGUUGCUCAUUCUGCAAUGCAACAAAGAUUUGCUCGUGCACGAUCUGCGUCGUUCCACUAUCUGCCAGGAUUCUUUCCUUCUCAACUGUCGUAUCAUGAUUUGGGAUUGGCUCAUGGUAACAACCAGGUCAUGUACGAUUCUCAUGGAGCUAUGCAUGACCCAAAAUACAUCAACGAGAUUAUCACAGAAGAAGAAGGUCACACUAUGCAGUCUGGAGCAAUGUUCCAGCCUAAUUUCUUUAAUGGAGAUCCAUCCAAUUUAAUCAAAAGUGAUGCUAACAAUCUGAAUGUUCGGGUCAAUCCUACCGGUGUUGUUGGCAGUGGAGGAUUUAAUAACCAGCAACAGACAUGGUUGGGUGCACCCAGCCAGGAACACAGUUAUAACGAUCUUUCCAUGACAGCCUUCCCCGACACCAAUAGCUCUGUAGGUUUAAUUAAUCCUUCUAUAUCCCAACAGUCUACUGCUGGAUACUUUUCAUAUCAGAGAAACGCAUCAGAUCUGGAAGGCUUGUCAGAACUUCCCGAGGAGUCUGAAGUUACAAAUAUUUAUAAUAUGAAACCCAAUGAUCGGCAAUCAAUCGGGGCAGGUGUAGCUGCAACCUCUGCUGCAACAACGUUCAAUGAGCAGCGCCGAAACACAGUUUCCGCCAUGCCAGACCAAUCAGGAUUUCCCAUGAAUCUGCAGCGAAGGACAUCAUUUCAACAGGGCACGCCCAUGUCGCAGUUUGCUCUACCAGGUCAUAUUGCACAGCCUCCACAGUUGACGGAAGGGCUUGCGGGUGUACCUGGUCGACUGGAGUUGGGUCAGCGUGGAAAUGCAGAGGGUUAUUCAUGGGAAGGUUAUGCAUAG